AGGUUGAGGGUUGGACUGCCCUCCACCCCCCCUCGUCCCUACAAACACACUCUGCCACUUCUCCCUCACCAUGAUCCGGCAGCGAGCGAGUCAGGACCAGUCACGGGCAGAGUCUAGUCCUCGCCGACAACACUGAGAUCCCGAGUCCUACUUCUAGUAUUAACUAACUAGCGCCCCCUCAACACCUCCUCCAGUAUUAAUUGACCACACAAGUCUUCACAAACGCUCGCAAAGUAUUAACAAAAUAAAAUGAAAUGUAUUAAAGUAUUAACUGUUGCUGUCUAGUAUUGUGGUGUGGUGUGAGAGGUUGUGCAGGCGGAGGGUAACAUGGAAGUGAGGCGAGGAAGAAGUAACUGGUGGUAGUAACAGGCCACAUCCCCCUUCUUCAUCCAGACAGUAACAGCGACAACCAGUGGCAGCAAGUCAGCGGCUGCCGACCAUGACUGGAUCUGUGGGCGGGUGGCGUGAAGCAGUACUCAGCACCAACCUGGCGACCUGUGACCACACCAUGACUUAUACACACAUCAGAAGUCGACUCACAUCACCUCCGACAACACUCUAACACCAACGAAGCUGUAAAUCUAGACAUCAUUGGAUAAACGUCGUGGUGCUGCAGGAGGUUUCGAGACCAGACACAGCCAGUCGACCCCUCGAGGUCACAGAUUAUGGGUCACAGUCCUUCAGGAUAUCUGCCUACUCUCUGUCGUUCGUGUCACCUUCAAAUAUUCUCAACUCCACAUUUCUACGAAAUUACUGACAUAUAAAGUUUGUGAUCCGCCCAACUAGAAAAAUGUAAUUUCCACAAGUGUUCGAUCCCCAGGCAGUGAUAGUGCGUCAGUCACUAACUAUGCAACCUGAGAGCAAUAGUCGAAACUUCCCAAACAGGUAGGAACGCCCGGGAGACCAUGGCAGAGGGGAUCAGUAGGAGACCGUGAGUGGCGGCCGCCGCCAACGUUGACAGGUGGCGCUCCGUGACGAAGGGUCGCCAAAUAUACCCGCGGCCCGUCAUCGGUGGCAGCUGAGGGGGAGGCAGGGCGCCACCUCCUUCCAACUCGAGAUUGCCGUCAGUUAGGCUGGCAAAGCCUUUGGUGUCGCACCCCGCCACGUGCCCAGGCCAGCGUCAGCAAGUCGGUGCGGGCGUCAAGGGUGUAGGGGGCGGGCACGGGGGUCCGCCAGAGCGCGACUGUGGCUCCUGCCCGGUCCGCCACCGCUGCUGCCUCCGCCUGGGGCGGCCAGCGUCUGGCCUCGCAUGGCCGCGGUAAUGUUCCUACGCAAGGCAAUGCGUUACUACCGACUGUGGAUCUACACGUGCAAUGCCGUCCUGCUCGUGUCAGUGUUCGUCUUCAUGGGCGUUGCCUUGGGCGUGGCAUCGCACCCUUACCUGUCACUGGUACCUUCACCGCCCGCCUACCACCCUACCUUGCUCUAUGGCUACGUGGCGCUCUUACUGCAAGCGGGCGUAUUACAAGCUCUAGGAUGCGUAGGAGCACUAAGGCUCUCGCAAAAACUGCUCAACAUCUACUGGUUUCUCUUGCUCUUCCUUUUGCUGGGGGACGUGGUGGUGGGUCUUGUGUGGCUUUACCGCUUUUCCCACCUGACAGUCGGGAUGCGACCCUACGCCCGAGCCACUCUUCGCGACCACUACGGCAGAGACUCAGACGUGACGGAGGCCUGGGAUGCCCUCCAGAGAGCCGCCAAGUGCUGUGGCGUGACUGGCCCUCGAGACUACAACACCACGUGGUGGGAAAACCGUCAGAAUCACAACUCCAUCAAGCUGCCGGCGUCCUGCUGCGUAAAGAACGACAGCGAAGGAACAAUGUCAGGUACUCGCCAGGUUCCCGUCACCCAGGCGGAUCAAGUGCCACGGCAUGUGGCCACGAACCAUCGAGGGAAGCCUGGUAUUGACAAUUCCAAGAGCCACGUGCGUCUGGAGAACCAGGGCCGUGGCGUGCGUGACCGUAACUUGACGUGCGACAGCGGCGAGGACAAGGACUACCACGGCACGGGCUGUGCCGCACAUCUAGAAAAGUGGCUGCUGACUUCAGCAGAGACGCUCAUGAUACUCGGAUUCUGUGUCAUAGCAUUUGUCAAGUUGUGUUUUGUGGGUAUAUUACGCUUUGAAAUACAAGAAAUGAUUCAGAAGAUAAAAGUAUUACAAGGAGAUAAUCCGUGUGUGCCGAACCCCGAAAUUGCGGCGGCUUUAGGCUUAGUGUCGCCAGAGAAACCAGGCGAGUGUGGCGGCCUGCUGAGCUCUGGUGGUGGCGACAGUAAUGGCGCGGGUGGCGAGGAAGGCAGGGGAGGCGACACCCACGGUGACACCGAGUCCGGCGCUGCCACGCCCCUCACACAGCCUCGCCUUAACCACCUUUCAAGCCACACUGACGGCGCAGAGUCCGACACCAACUCCCACUGCGCGCUUAUCACAGACACGCCUGUGCGGCGCCCGCAGCCUGAUAAGCGCAAGCCUAACGGUAAUAACAAUGAUGUUACGGAACUGCGCGAGCUGCGCCACGUGCGCCAGACACAAAUAUGAUUAUGACCUCAAUGCAGCCUGACUGUGAACGUAUCGUCCGAGGUCAUUACCGCAGCUUAGGUCAACCCAAUAUGAGUUAUCUUAGGCCAGCACCUGACUGAGGUGGUGUUAGUACUUGUAGAGCAUGUUACACCUGCGUCGCGUGGGGGGCACCCGGAGGCCUGAAGCUACUGUACGUGUCGGGUGCUGGUGCCCAUGUCAAGGGCAACGGCACCUCCUUCCUUAGCCUUAAUUACCACCUUCCCGGAAUGUGUAGCCACCAGAGCUUCGACUUCUCUGGCGGACGUUCUGUCAUGACACGAGCAUCAGGUCACGGGUGUCCCACUAAAAAGGGAGAUCCCACGCGCGUCCUACAGGAGUGGAUAGUAAUGCUAAAGUCAAGGAAUUGAGUGUUAGACAGGAGUAAAGUUGACCGAAGUAUGUGUGUAUGAGAGGCGAGGCAGCCCCCCGCCCGCCACAAUAUGAAUCCAAAAAGUCAGCACAGAAAGGUGCCUCAGGACGGCGUCCUCGUCACUGUCACCACUCAGGGCAGACGUGACGCUACACUCCUCACCACCUGCUUCAUUCUUCAUUUUC